CUCAUUUCAGGUUGCUGAUCUACUUGGAAAAUAUCAUGAUCUUAUGGAGGGCUUCAAUGAAUUUCUAGAGCGUUGUGAACGAUUUGAUUCUUAAGCUACUGCAUCAGCAGCACAAACAAUGAUGAAGUUGCAUCAAGGAACUCAUGAUCAGGAUUAUAAAGAACCUGAUAAUGAGAACAAUGGAGAUCUAAGCAUGCAGUGUUAUACUGAUAAAAAGAACUCUGCUGUGAAGAUUGAAGAAUUUGGAGGACCUAAUGAAAAUAAAGAUGCCCUGAAAAAUAAGUAUAGCCAAGAAUUCACUUUCUGUGAAAAGGUAAAGGAAAGACUACAAAGUCCAGUUGAUUAUCAGGCAUUCUUAAAAUGUCUCCAUCUUUAUAGCACAGAAGUAAUUUCAAGGAAGGAGUUACAAAGUUUGGUUGCUGAUCGACUUGGAAAAUAUCCUGAUCUUAUGGAGGGUUUCAAUGAAUUUCUAGAGCAUUGUGAACGAGUUGUUGGAUUUCUAGCAGGUGUUAUGAGCAAGAGUAAGUCUUAUAUAUCCAAAUUAGUAAAGGGAGAGAAAGACAGAGAGCCUAAAAAAGAAGAAAAAGAGGCUCCUCCAAAGAGAAGUGAAGUUGAAGAAUCUAUCAUCUUUGUGAAGAAAGUAAAGGAACGUUUCAAAAAUGAUGAUCAUGUGUACGACUCGUUCCUAGAAAUUUUGAAGAAGUACAGGGAGGAGCACAAGACCAUAUAUGAAGUUUACCAUGAGGUUGCCAUGCUUUUCAUUGACCAUCCAGAUUUGCUUAAUGAUUUCACCAAAUUUUUGCCAGAUUCUUCAGCUAUUUCCAUGCUUAAGCAAUAUCUUGAUGAGUUAACCGCCAUCCUUAGUUCGUUAUAA